AUGAUACAAAAAGCAGCUAGGUUGUCGAUAAAUAUUAAUUGUAUUUAUGAAGUCAUCAUCAAGUCAUCAAUAUUAGCUGCUUUUGAAGCUGCCAUUAAUGAUAAUGUUGACAUUAUCAAUCUUUCUAUGGGUAGUGCAGAACCGGGAUUUAUGGAUUCAUUUGCUGUUGGUAGUUUUCAAGGUAUGAAAAUUGAUAUCCUUACAAUUGCAUCAGCUGGGAACACAGGACUUGCUCUUGGGACUGUUUCGAACGUCUACCCAUGGGUGUUAACAGUUGCUGCCAGCACAAUUGAAAGAGAGUUCUUUUCUAAUCUCUUACUUGGGAACAAUAUAACCAUUAAGGCAUCACGAUACUUUGAUUUACAAGUUCUUGAUUCAAAAACGUUUUAUCCAUUGAUAACUUGUAUAGAAGUACGGUUAUAUUGUCAAGAUGGAUCUUUAGAUGCCAACAAAGUGGUCGGAAAGGUAGUAGUAUGUGGUUAUAAUGGAACAAUUGACGUUCAAACUAUAACAAGUAUUAGUAUUAAAAAAACUGGAGGUAUUGGACUUAUCUUUGUUAAGGAAGAGAAAGUAGGAUCUGAAAUUUUCCAAAAUGUACCCCGUGUCAUCUCUGCUGCUUUGAUUAGCUACAAUGAUGGUAAAACUCUUUUUUCUUACAUCAACUCUACCAAGACAUUAAUUGUAUCCUUUGGUGAAGCAAUAACUUCAUUUGGCAUAAAGUCUGCCCCUAUUAUGGCUGAUUUCUCAUCAAGGGGUCCUCAACCACACUAUUUUAAUUCUGGUGUUUCAAAGCCGAAUGUAACAGCUCCGGAUGUAGAUAUCCUAGCAGCUACUUCUAAUUCCUUAGAAAAAAAAAAGAAAAUCCAUUUGUGCUGA